AUGGUGAUGGGAAUCGUUGCAGUCGUCGGCCUUCUCGUUGCCGCCGCGCCCGGCAUCGACGGCCAGUUCGACUCGAUUCCGACGCACCAGGCCUAUGUCGUGCCCGACUUGUCCUUGUGUGCCUAUGUUCGCAUGAGUGACGGCGCUCCUGUGCUGUCGCUGUGCUGUCACCAACGAGGCGGGACAUUCGUCGAACCAUCCGUUUGUUUGACCGAUUGCAUUCUCGAGUUUGAGGAAUCCGACACAACGUUGAAGCGAUGGACGUGUCCGCUGGCCGGCGGCGCCAAGUACACAACUGUCGACUAUGCGUUGGCGCCGCCACCGACGACGUCGUCCCCGCCGCCUGCCGGAUCUCCUUCGACUACGAAGUUCGUGCCCCCUUCGGCUACCAAGGAAGCUCCAAUUCCCUCAACGACUCGUGACCUGCCACUUCCGUCGCAAGCCGUCUCCAAGCUCAGCACAGAGACUCCCUCAAUCUCGCACGCAUCCACGUCCAUCCAAGCACCACCGACGUCCUCUUCAGCGCCACGACCGACACCACAGAUCUCGUCGAAUGGAAUCGAAAGCACCAAUGUGAGCGACGCUCCAACAACGAAGGAAAUAUCCCUCGUCGAAGGACAACAAUCUUCCACACCAACUACCACCGAAGGACACUCGCAAGCCUAG